AUGAGACAAGAGCUGGAUGGUGAGAAUGCAAGGCUUGCAGAUUACUUUGACGUGAUAGCGGGGACAAGCACGGGCAGCCUUAUGACCGCCAUGUUAACUGCUCCGAACGAAAAUAACCGACCUCUUUUUGCCGCGAAAGACAUCAAGCCGUUCUAUCUGGAGCACUGCCCUAAGAUUUUUCCUCACAAGAGAGGCGCGCUUGGAUGGCUUGUAAAGAAUCUGAAGUCGUUAUUCGGGCCCAAGUACAAUGGCAAAUACCUUCAUAAGAUUAUAAGGGAGGAACUUGGAGAGACGAGGUUGCACCAGACCUUGGCCCAUGCUGUCAUCCCUACUUUCGACAUCAAACAUUUGCACCCCACCAUUUUCUCCACUUACGAGGUGAAAAAGUCCCCGCUGUUGGAUGCUCGAUUAUCCGAUAUAUGCAUCAGCACAUCUGCAGCACCAACUUAUCUUCCAGCCCACCACUUCAUGAACCAAGACAGUAAAGGCAAUAUCGAGGAAUUCAAUCUCAUCGACGGUGGUGUGGCUGCAAAUAACCCGGCUCUGGUGGCAAUAAGCCAAGUAACAAAACAGGUGUUCGAUGAAAACCCAGAUUUCUUCCCCAUCAAGCCCAUGGACUACGGCCGAUUUCUGGUGAUUUCAAUUGGCACAGGCUCGGCUAAGGGGGAAAAGAAGUACAAUGCUAAAUGGCAGCCAAGUGGGGCGUGUUGGACUGGUUAA